CAUGAAUGCACAAAGGCGACGGGAAGAGCGUGUCAGACCCCGCGGUGGUGAGCCGGCUCGGGGUGACUUCACGCCGCAUCGCAGCAGCCGGGUGCUUCCGUGGUAGCCAUGGCCUUGUCUGUCAAUCAGUAGUACUGUAACAAGCCCCGGUUCUGCACCGGGGUUGCAGGAGUGAACCUUCUCAAAGGUCAAGGAUAAAGUCUUUUGUUUCCACUGUCAACUGCGUGACGUUUGUGCUUAAGUGGAUCAUCAUGACGGAGGAUAGCAGUGCUGAUAACUUCAUCAAGGAGACAUCCGUUCUAGAUGAAUACAGCAUAAAUUGGACACAAAAACUGGGAGCUGGCAUCAGUGGCCCUGUGAGGGUUUGUGUGAAGAAAUCAUCUCAGGAACGCUUAGCCCUGAAGAUCCUCAUUGAUCGUCCAAAAGCCAGGAAUGAGGUGCGCCUCCAUAUGAUGUGUGCCAACCACCCAAAUAUAGUGCGAAUCUUGGACGUGUAUGCCAACAGUGUUCAGUUCCCACAUGAGUCCAGUCCCAGAGCCAGGCUUUUGAUUGUCAUGGAAAUGAUGGAGGGCGGUGAACUCUUCCAUAGAAUCAGUCAGCACAGGCACUUCACUGAAAAGAUGGCGAGCCAGGUCACAAAGCAGAUCAGUCAAGCCUUGGAACACUGUCACUCCCUAAAUAUUGCACAUCGGGACUUGAAGCCAGAGAACCUUCUCUUCAAGGAUAACUCUCUGGAUGCUCCUGUGAAGUUGUGUGACUUUGGCUUUGCCAAAAUUGAUCAAGGGGACCUGAUGACCCCGCAGUUCACUCCUUACUACGUAGCACCUCAGGUACUUGAGGCUCAAAGAAGACACCAGAAAGAAAAGUCUGGAAUCAUACCUACCUCACCCACACCUUAUACCUACAGCAAGAGCUGUGACUUGUGGUCGCUAGGCGUCAUCAUCUAUGUGAUGCUAUGCGGCUAUCCUCCAUUCUACUCCAAGCAUCACAGUCGCACUAUUCCUAAGGACAUGAGGAAGAAGAUCAUGAUGGGCAGCUUUGACUUCCCUGAAGACGAGUGGAGUCAGAUCUCAGAGAUGGCAAAGGACAUUGUGCGCAAGCUGCUAAAGGUGAAGCCAGAGGAGAGGCUGACCAUUGAGGGAGUCUUGUCUCAUCCGUGGCUCAACUGCACUGAAGCCCUUGAUAACGUGCUGCCCUCCUCACAGAUGAUGAUGGACAAGGCAGUGGUGGCAGGCAUCCAGCAGGCCCAUGCUGAGCAGCUGGCCAACAUGAGGAUUCAGGAUCUGAACGUCAGCCUGAAGCCGCUCAACUCUGUCAACAACCCAAUUCUCAGGAAGCGGAAACUGCUUGGCCCGAAGCCCAGUGACUGUUUCUCCAUUCACGACCCAGAGAACGGAGGCGACGACUCCAACGUAGCGCUCGAAAAACUACGAGACGUCAUUGCACAGUGCAUCCUUCCACAGGCCGGCGAAAACGAGGACGAGAAAUUGAAUGUGGUGAUGUUUGAAGCCUGGAGGUUCAACAGGGACUGUAAAAUGCUGCGAGACGGCCUGCAUGGUCUAAGCUGGGAUGGUCGAGCCUUUUCCGACAAAGUGGACCGUUUGAAGUUGGCCGAAAUUGUGAAACAGGCCAUUGAAGAGAGGACAAACCUGGAAGAGUCUCGCUAGCAAACGUCUUUUCUAUCGUUUUAUAUCAACUUUUUAUCAGCAGGCUUUUUUUUUUUUUUUUUUUUUUUUUUAGUGAAAUAAUUUUUAAUUUUUUUCCCAUUACCCUCCUUCCAUGGAUUGACUUGCAAGGCCAAUGGUCAUUGUACAGCUGUAGAUACACAUUUCAAAAAAACAAAAAAAGACUCAUUGGUACUUGCAACAACAAAAACACUCAAGAAUAUAUAUGUUUUUGCACAAAAAAAAGAUGACAGAAAAAAAUCAACAUACCAGUAAAUUAUUUUCUUAGAGGGAAUUUUUAUUCACAGCUUAUGUUUUAUUCAUCUGUCCCAAGAGUUUUAUUUAUUUUAAGCAAUUUAUUUGUAUUGUUUUAUUUGACUGGCUUCUACUGCUCUUUUUAUGUGGGGUUUGUCACAAAGCCCUUUCUUUCCUCAACUCUUCAAUGUUUUUAUGUCCGAGACACAAUCUCUGUCCUUACUUUUGUCUGCAGCCUUAAAAGGUGGAUUUGUUUUUACGCCGCCUUUAAAAAGACACAAGAUUUCUUGUGUGACGAUUCAUUCUGUAUGUCCAUCUUGGCCAUGUAAACGUCCUCAUGUCAUUACAGUCACGUCUGUAUCAUCAUC